AUGGCCAUUAUGUCACGAUACGAAACCUGCACACUGGGCCUGAUUCUAUCACGGUGGGCGCCGUCUUACAUCGACGAUUGUCCUACCCGAUUCCUCGUCACAGAGGACGAGCUAACUUCCUCCAUCGCCCACAUUGCUCCCGAAGAGCUUUUCUACACACUUGUGCUGUCUGGUCAAGAACCAAAUCAGUGCCAUAUUAAUGUCUCUGGUGCAGCACACGAGCAGAAGAUGGAGGCCGUGGCCGCCACUUUCCGAAUCAUCUGCCAUCAGCUGCUUAGUUCCAGCAUGAACUUAGAUCUGGGGAUUGACCAGAUUGACCUCUUGCCUUUCCAUGAGGUAGCGCAGCUCUCUAGAUGGAACAACAACACUCAAUCAGACAGUCAAGAGUGUGUCCAUACCAUUGUCACUGCUCACGCGUUCCAUCGCCCCAGAGACUUGGCGAUCUGUGCCUGGGACGGGAGCUUCACCUACGCCGAGUUGGACUACUACUCCGAAGCUGUGGCCCGCCACUUUGUCGCCAAGAGAUGGGGUCAAGGCGCCUUUAUCAUCUCCAAGAUGCUUAAAUCGCGAUGGAGUAUGGUAGCCAUGCUCGCUAUUCUGAAAGCUGGCUGCGUCUUUGUCCCCGUGGAUCCUCGAGCUCCCGCAGACCGUGUGGCUGCAAUUGCUAAUGAGGUCUCUGCUAAGUGUCUCAUCACCAACUUUGUUGAUGAGACCCUGCCGGAAUUUGGAAAUGGUCUCGAGAUCAUGGAAAACCUCCCACAAGUAGCUGAGACCAGCACUAUUGACUCGGAGCCACUCCCUCAGGUGGCCGCUACCGCUCUUGCGACUGCAUUCUUCACUUCUGGAAGCACGGGUGUUCCCAAGGGCGUCCUGCACGAGCAUCAAGCCAUUUGCAACGGCAUCAAAGACGUUCUUCGACCCUUUCACAUCGACCAACACACCCGAUGCUUGCAGUUCGCUUCUCCCGCCUUUGAUGUUACAAUGUCAGAGACUUUGACGAUCCUGUACGCUGGAGGCUGCAUAUGUAUUCCCAACAAUCAGGAGGUUGUCGAUGACAUCAACGCCAGCAUGGCGAAACUUCAAGUCACGCAUGCAUUCCUCACACCGACUGUUGCCGCACAGGUCGAGCCGACAAUUGCCUCCUCUCUUACGUAUCUCAUUGUAGGCGGUGAGCCUCUGCGGAAAUCGGAGGUGGUUUCGCUGAGUCCAAAGUUGAAUCUCAUCAACACCUAUGGUGGCACUGAGAUGGGUAUCUGGGAGACCUCCACACUCUCAUUGACGCCCGAGAGUGACAACCGGAACGUGGGUCACACCGUCGGUGCCAAGAUCUGGAUUGUCCACCCUCACAACCACGACAUCCUCCUACCCAUCGGUAUACCUGGCGAGGUCCUCGUCGAAAGCAUUGCACUUGCCAGAGGCUACUACCGACCCGUCGACAGACGAGCAUUCAUCGACGAGCCCAAAUGGCGCGGCAGAUUCCCAAAUCGCAACACGGCUCGUUUCUAUCUCUCAGGAGAUCUGGGACAGUAUGAAGCUGACGGAACUCUGAUUCUACUCGGUCGGAAAGACACUCAGGUAAAACUGAGAGGUCACCGUAUUGAGCUGGGCGAAGUUGAACACCACCUUGGCAAGAGUCUUCCCGGCCAAGAGCCUGUAGCUGAAGUCGUUAAGGACUUGGCAUCAUCCAAGGGUUCAGCUACUCUGGUGGCCUUUGUUGUGUUCCCCGAAUCUGACGGACAACAGCCCAGCGAACAACAACUCACUGCCGCAGCAGAAGCCAGGACGCGAGUCGCAGCCGAGCUGUCCCGUUUCUUGCCUGCCUACAUGAUUCCGGCUAUUCUCAUACCCAUUCCCUCGAUUCCUCUCACUGUAUCUGGGAAGACCGAUCGUCGCGUUCUCAGACUGGUGGCGCAGCGACUGUCAUUGAGCCAACUGGCAGUCCUUCGUGGUGCUCAAGGGUCUGUUGAAGCCCCGGAGACUGAAGCUGAGCAGCAAUUACAAUCAGUCUGGGCUUCGACCCUCGACAUCGAUCCCACCAUGAUUGGAAAAAACACAUCCUUCUUCGAGCUCGGCGCGGACUCCAUCGCUGCAAUGAAGGCGGCCAGCGCGGCUAGAACUAUCGGUCUGCCCUUGGGCCUAUCAGACUUCUUCAGGUGCCCAAAGCUUUCCGAUCUGGCCAAGUUUGCAUCAGAAGCAUCGACUGGAAUGGUGGAGGAUCAGGUGGCGCCAUUCUCACUCAUCCCGCUCGAUGCCGCUCUGGAAUUACGCCGGGAAGCUGCUCAGCAAUGUAACACCUCUCCCGCGGAUAUCGAAGACCUCUUUUCAUGCACACCUCUCCAAGAAGGCCUGAUCUCACUAUCGUCCAAGCAUGACACCUCGGAGGCGUACAUCAGCAGGAAGGUCUUCAACCUGCCCAGCCAGAUCAACAUGUUCCAGUUCGAGGAGGCAUGGAACAUUACGGCCCUCGCACAUCCCAUUCUCCGCACCAGACUUGUCAACACCGCGGACCAAGGAAUGCUCCAGGCUGUGGUCAGAGGUCCUUUGUCUUGGAACUUCGGAAACGACCUGGAUGCGUAUUUGGCCGGAGACGCGCAACAUCCCAUGACUUUCGGUACGCCACUUUGCCGCUAUGCCUUGAUCGACGUAGAAUCGGGGGCGCAGAGGAGCCCUGUCUUCGUCUGGACUGUUCAUCAUUCCAUUUACGACGGAUUGUCAAUGUCCAUCAUCCAAGACGCUUUCUGGAGGGCCUAUAACGGUCAGAACAUCGCCCCUUCUCCCCCUUUCGGUAAUUUCAUCAAGUACCUCAAUGGCAUCGAUGCCAAGGCUUCCCAGACUUUCUGGAAGACCUACCUCGAUGGACCAGACUUGUCAUUCUUCCCGUCGGUCCCAUCUUCAAUAUCCACACCCAAGCCUGACUCGACCGUUGUGCGCCAAUUUCCUUGGACUUGGAAGCCAACGAAUGGUCUCAACGCGUCUACACUCUUGAAGACGGCGUGGGCUAUAGUUGCUGGCAGAUAUUCCGGCUCUCGGGACGUCAUCUUUGGAAACACUUUAAGUGGCAGAAAUACCCCCGUGACUAUUCCUGGCCUCGAUGUCAUCACCGGCCCAACCAUUGCGACUGUUCCGGUUCGCAUUCGCUGGGAGCCGAAGAUGUCAAUCAUGGAACUUCUCGAGGCCGUUCAACGCCAAGAGUUCGACAUGCGGCACUUUGAGCAAACGGGUCUGCAAAACAUCUCACGCAUCAGCUCGGAUACUCGGGGAGCAUGCCAGUUCUCUUGUCUCUUCUUGGUACAGCCUCCUGCCACUGCCGACCAGGCUAAACUGGAAGAAGUAUUUGGUAUCGAGGAUCGUGACAAGUCAUCAGAAUACGACGACCAUCCUUUAUCCAUUGAGUGUGAGAUGGAUAAGCAUCAACUACGCGUCAUCGCCACCUUCGACAGCCGCGUUUUGCACGAGGAACGACUGGAGCGAAUCGUCACUCUCUUCCAGCAGACGGUCUUGUACCUAAGCAGCAACUCCCAGUCCCAGGUUUCCUCUCUGAACCUGAUCACCGAUGCAGAUGUUUAUCAGAUCCAGGAGUGGAACGCGAUACCGCCGGCGGUUGUCAGGAGACAGGCUCAUGACCUAUUCCGCCACCAAGCCAGACUGCGUUCGACUCAUACCGCCCUUAGCUCUUGGGACGGUGUGAUGACUUACGCUCAACUUGACGAUGCCUCGGACCGCCUUGCAGGUCAUCUCCAUGCCCUCGGAGUUGGCCCGGAUAUGUUGGUCCCCAUCUGUUUCGAGAAGUCCAUCUGGGCUGUUGUCGCGAUGCUGGGUGUCUUGAAGGCUGGCGGCGCUUUUGCUGUCGUCGAGCCCUCCCAUCCUCUUGACAGGAAAGAGGUCAUUGUUCGGCAGCUCGGCGCCAAGGUUGCCGUCGUGGCACCUUCGACCGAGUCACUAUUCCCAUCGGGUUGUGUAAACACUCUCGUCGUCUGUGAUGCUUCGAUCCUGAAGCUGCCACUCCCCAGAAGGCCCUUGCCGAAUGGCAGCCCAGACAACGCCAUGUAUGUCAUCUUUACAUCUGGGUCGACGGGCACUCCGAAGGGAUGUGUGACGGAGCAUUGGGCCUUCUGCUCCGCCAUGUAUGAGUUUGGUCGUGACAGCGGGUUACGAUCCGACGGACAAGUCCUGCAAUUCGCUUCCUACAGCUUCGAUACCAGCUCAGAAGAGAUCUUCUGUACGCUCUUUGCGGGCGCUACCCUCCACAUUCCGUCGGAAGCAUCACGAAUCAACGACCUAGCCGGUGAGAUCCGUCGGACCAAGACCAACUGGGCCGAGCUCAACCCCAAGGUUGCUUCCCUCCUCACUCCUGAAGAGGUUCCCUCCCUCAAGACCAUCAUCCUUGGAGGCGAUCGAUCCCACGGAAGCGAUGUCAGCCGGUGGCCUGAGAGCACCAAUCUCCUCAACUCAUAUGGUUGUACCGAAGCAUCUGUCACAUCUACCCUUAUUCCUCUCAACAGACGCAGCAACGAGGAGCCCCCCAUCGGCAAAGGUGUCGGCUGCAACCUUUGGGUCGUUGAUCCUGACAACCACGACAUGCUCGUUCCUGUCGGUGCGCCGGGUGAGCUUCUGAUCGAGGGGCCGGGCCUUGCUCGUGGCUAUCUCGGGGAUCCCGAGCGCACCGCGAAGUCCUUCAUCUUCGACCCGGCUUGGUCAAACGACGGAUCCGGAAGACGGCGUCGCUUUUACAAGACUGGUGAUCUUGUGCAUGCCAAUGACGAGGGUGCCGUUUUCUACCAUGGCCGCAAGGAUACGCAGAUCAAACUCCGAGGUCAACGCGUCGAGCUCGGUGAAAUUGAGCAUCAACUGGCCCAGGCACUCCCAGAGUUCGAUGUAUCUGCCGAGAUCGCCACAAUGCAAGCCAACAGUCAAGCUCCAGACACCCUCGUCGGAUUUAUCGUUUUCCCCAACGACGAGGAGCAGUCUGCCGAAGUCACCACAUGUCUGGAUGCUGCGACUGUCGAGAAGCUGGCUACCAUCAGACCCAAGCUCAUCGCAGAUCUCUCGCGCUCGCUGCCGGCUUACAUGGUCCCAACUCUGUUUGUUCCCAUGAACGGGAUGCCCUUGACAAUCUCAGCCAAGGCGGAUCGCCGAAAGCUUCGUGCACUCGCCCAAGGGUUGAGUCCUGAAGAUCUCGCCCUGCUUCAGGGAACCUCGGAUAUCAAGGAGCAGCCGCAGUCCCAAGCUGAAGUCAAUAUGCAGGCGGUGUGGGCUGGAGUUCUUGGCGUCAAGGCUGAGACAAUUGGUCUCGACGACAACUUCUUCCGAAUUGGCGGAGAUUCGAUUACUGCCAUGAAGAUGGUCCCUGCUGCACGACAGCUCGGUCUUCACAUCUCAGUUGCCCACGUUUUCCGCGCUCCCAUUUUGAGGGAUCUGGCUUCUCAAGCUGCCGCGAGUACCCAACCGUCUCAGAUCGAAAAGAUUCCUGUUUUCUCUCUCGUUGACCAAAGCGAGAAGGAAUCAAUCAUUGUCGAGGCAGCCAAGCAAUGCGGUGUACGACCUGAGGAAGUUGAAGAUGUCUAUCCUUGCACGCCCCUUCAGGAGGGACUUAUGUCGCUUUCGGCGAAGCAGCACGGAUCGUACAUCAUGCGUCAAGUCUUGGUGCUGUCAACUGAUAUACGCAUGGCCGACUUCCAUCAGGCUUGGGAGCAGGUUGUCCAGGCGCACCCAAUCUUGCGAACGCGAAUUGUCAGUGUCGGCUCCAACAUGUAUCAAGCCAUCACCACUCGGUCAUUGUCUUGGGACACCAGCAUCGAUCUUGACCACUACAUCGCGCACGACGAUUCUCGUGAAGUCGAAUUUGGGGCGCCUCUUAGCCGAUACGCCAUUAUCCCCUACUACGAUCGAUUCUUCUUCGUCUGGACGCUGCACCACUGCAUAUACGAUGGCUGGUCACUCCCACUUCUCCUCAGCGACCUCUCCAAGGCGUACAACAAGACCUCGCGUGGAGACUCGGAUAUCCCAGGAUUCAAUGCCUUCAUCAAGCACCUGAACGGGUUGGACAAGACCGAAUCAGACUCCUUCUGGUCGUCCUACCUCGAGGGGCCGAGUACCACAUUCCCUGCUUCACUACUCCCGAACCAGACUGCCCAACCUAGUGCAACACACGAUGAGAGUAUGGGUUUCUCUGUCAACGCCAUUGAUGGCAUCACUUCGUCUACCAUUCUCCGCGCUGCUUGGGCUCUGCUCACGCGAAGCUACACCGGCGAUUCGGAUGUGGUCUUUGGCAUGACAGUCAACGGCCGUAACGCACCUGUCCCUGGCAUCGAUCGAAUGAGUGGCCCAACCAUUGCUACUGUCCCCAUCCGUGUCCGCUGGGAUUCGAAGGCAAGCACCACUAUCCGUUCGUUGCUCGAGUCGGUCCAGCAAGAUACCACAACUAUGAUCCCGUUCGAGCAGACAGGUCUGCAACACAUCUCUCGUCUCCAUGAGGAUGCCCAAGCUGCUUGUCAGUUUGGUACCCUCUUCGUCGUCCAACAGGACGACAGUGAGGAAGAUGAAGCCGUCGCCAACAUCAUGGAGCUCUAUGACGCUUCCGAAGACACUUCAGCCCAGUUCACCACCCAGCCAUUGUUGGUUGAGUGUGUUAUAGAGACUUCAUCGAAGACAGUUACCCUUCGGAUGAGUUACGACCCGAAGCUACUGGAUUCUUUCCUCGUUUCUGGAAUGGCGCAACAAUUCAAGCACAUUCUCUCUCAACUUGUCGAGACUGAGAACCUUGACAAGCCAGUCAGUGAUCUCCAUCUCAUCAAUCCAAUUGAUCAUGACCAGGUCAUCAAGUGGAACGAGGGACGAGUCAACCCAAUCCACAAGACUAUGCAUGACCUUGUGGGAGCGGCCGCCGUCGUCAAUGCCACACGCCCUGCCAUCAGCGCCUGGGACGGAGAGAUGACGUACGCGGAACUUGAGUCGGCAUCGUCGCAAGUCGCUGGUCGGCUUCGUAGCGUCGGCGUCGGUAGUAGUGGACAGGGCGAGAUGGUCCUGUUGUGUUUUGAGAAGUCUCGAUGGGCCAUCGUCUCAGCACUCGCCAUUCUCAAGGCUGGCGCGGCCUUUGUUGCUCUUGAUCCAGCCCAGCCGGAUGACAGACUUGCAACGAUCAUGAAGCUAUCGAAGGCUCGUCUUGUCUUGACUUCCAAGGGCUUAGAGGAGCGCUUGACUAGACUCUCCAAGAAUGCACCCAACGUCGUAUGCACCUCGGAACUUGUUGCUUUGGCAGACACCGCUGCUCCCUUCGUCAAGCGGCACAGAGCUUCUGGUAGUGAUGCCCUCAUAAAGGGAGUCAUCUCAUCGCCUGAAGAUCUUGCCUACGUCAUCUUCACUUCUGGCAGUACCGGUGUACCCAAGGGUGUCAUGAUCAGUCACCGCGCGGCAUCUUCGAGUAUGAUGGCUCAUGCUGAGCGCUUCGGGGUCGACUCUUCCAGUCGCACGUUGCAGUUCUCAUCCCUGACAUUUGACGCCUGCAUCUUUGAGAUCUUCACAACGCUUGCUACCGGCGGCUGUAUCUGUAUGCCUUCAGAUGCUCAGCGUGUGGAUGAUCUCGCAGCAGCUAUCAACUCCUACUCCAUCAACACUAUCAUGCUUACUCCGUCCGUUCUGGCGCUGCUGUCCCCAGAGGACACGCCUUCACUUCGCUCCAUCAUUUUCAUCGCCGAACAAGUCACCGACAAUGAUAUCUCACGCUGGUCUAGCCAAUGUCGCAUCCAGAAUGGGUACGGGCCUACAGAGUGUACUGUCGUUUGCGUCGUCAAUCCUGAUCUUCGGGACGGUGGUCGCAUCGGCCACGCUGUUGGUUGUCGUGCCUGGGUCGUCGAUGCCGACAAUAUCGACAAGCUGGUACCAAUCGGGUGUGCUGGUGAGCUCCUCAUCGAAGGACCUAGUCUUGCCAUUGGUUACCUGAAUGAUGCCGAGCGCACGGCAGAGUCUUUCAUCUUCAAUCCAGCUUGGGCAACCAGCGACGAGCCCUCGGUAACGCGCCGUUUCUACAGGACGGGUGACUUGGUGCGGCAGACAAGCAACGGCUCCUUCAUCUACCUCGGACGCAAGGACACACAGGUCAAGCUUCGUGGUCAGAGGAUCGAGCUUGGGGAGAUUGACUUCCACAUUCGCCGUGCUCUCCCGUCGGCCACUGUACGUUCAGACAUUGUCGAUCUUCAGCAGCAAAAGGCUGGCAGCGGCAUGCUCAAAGCCCUCGCUGCCUUUGUCGUCCUUGAAGGCGUCGACGUGAACAUUGAGAGCAACGCUGGCAUAAGCGCUGGUUCACUCAAGCAGGUCGGAGAAGCUGCCUCGACCGCUGUCGCUGAGCUGGCUCGCUCAGUGCCACCCUACAUGGUCCCUUCAAUCUUCAUCCCCAUCUCCAAGAUGCCUCUCACGGUUUCCGGAAAGACGGACCGGCAAAGACUCAAGGCCAUCGCAGCCAAGAUCCCCCACAAGCACCUCGACACCUUGCGAGCCCUUCAGCGUGGAGCAACAGGCGACGGGCCUAAGGUUGCACCUCGAAACGAUGUUGAAAGGCGCAUGCAAUCCGCCUGGUCAACCGUCCUCCAACUGGAUCCUGAGAGUAUCAGCAUUAAUGACAGCUUCUUCCGUCUCGGUGGUGACUCCAUUUCUGCGAUGAAGCUCGUCACAGCUGCGCGAUCAGUCGGCAUCUCCAUCACUGUGUCGGACAUCUUCCAGACGCCCGUCUUGGCCAACCUUUGCCGGUGCAGUAGCAACGAAAGCGAUGAGAUUGAAGUCAUUCCACCGUUUUCUCUCAUCCCAGCAUACGACACUCUCAUGCAUCAAGAGGCUGCCCGGCAGUGCGGUGUGGCCCCUGAAGCCCUCGAGGACUUGUAUCCUUGCACUCCGCUUCAACAAGGUCUCAUCUCACUCUCGGUCAAGGAAGAGGGGUCUUACAUCGUUCGUGAGAUCUUCCGCCUCCGGAGUGUCCGCGUGAGCAGAUUCCAAAAGGCGUGGGAGUACGUCGCAAACAUUCACCCCAUUCUUCGCACCCAACUCGUUCAUCUGGAUACCUACGGAACUCUCCAGGCCGUGAUCAGCACAAAACAGGCAAUGCGAUGGCGCACGGCGUCCUCUUUGGAGGAGUACCUUGCCCAAGACGAGAAAGAGACAAUGGGCCUAGGUACGGCUCUGAGCAGGUAUGGUCUUGUAUUGCCGACCAACCCGGCCGACGAUGCCAUCUUCAUCUGGACUGCUCAUCACGCCAUGUACGAUGGUUGGUCAAUGCCCAUCAUUAAAGAAGCCGUGGCCACAGCGUACAUGGAAGUGAUGCUCCCUGAGGCUCCUGCUUUCAACACAUUUAUCAAGCACAUCCAGGGAGUCGAUGCCACCGCUGCUCAGUCAUUCUGGAAGUCUUACUUUGACGAAGCAGGCGCUUCUCCUUUCCCGGCGGUUCCACAUGGAGCUUCUCUGGAAUUCCGCGCCGACAGGUCCGAGAAGGUGAAUCUGUCUUGGAGAUCACAACAACGCGAUGGAGUUACUGUCUCGACUCUCCUCCGUGCAGCAUAUGCCAUCGUCGUCGGGACAUACACCGGUUCCUCUGAUGUUGUCUUUGGCACGACAUUGAGUGGCCGCAAUGUCCCUGUCCCCCGUGUUGAGACCAUUGUUGGCCCAACUAUCACGACUGUGCCAGUCCGGUUGUCUUGGGAUGCCAAUAUGACAGCGCAGGAGCUCCUCCAGAAUGCCCAGCGCCAGGCCACGGAGAUGAUGCCAUUCGAGCAGAUGGGUCUGGUCAACAUUGCCAAGAUCAGCGAGUCGGCCAAGAGAUCGUGUCAGUUCCAGAGCAUCUUCGUCGUCCAGCCUGAGAGAGACGACGAUAGCCCUGCUUGCGAGAGUCUUUUUGGUGACCAGCUCAGCCACGCCUCAAGCAGCGAUGAGACUGCUUCUCCUCAGACUUACCCACUAGGCAUUGAAGCGACGGUCGAGGGCAAUGAGCUUGAACUGUCUGCCACCUACGACAGUCGCAUUAUUGAUCCCCCCGAGAUGCGCCGCAUCUUGCACCAGAUCGGGCAUGCCGCCUCACUCCUCGACCAGAACCCCAACGUUCUCAUCUCGGCGUUAAACCUAGCUGGCAAGUCAGACUUGUCUCAAAUUCAGGCAUGGAACGCUCGAGGUCCUCCUGCUGGAGCGCGAGAGGCUGUGUACACCAUCAUCGGUCGCAAUCCCUCCUCGGCACCCGCUGUCAGUGCCUGGGACGGUGACUUGUCAUAUGCCGACUUGACCAGACUUUCCAAUGGCUUGGCCCAUCGCCUCCGCGGCAUUGGAGUCGGCAUUGGCGCCGAGACUGUGGUUGCCUUUAGCCACGGCAAGUCCAAAUGGGUUCCAGUCAUCAUGCUUGGUAUCCUCAAAGCCGGCGGUGCGUUCGUUGCUUUGGAUGCUGCACAGCCUGAAAGUCGUCUCAAGUUCAUCGUCGAAGAGGCUAAAAUCAGCGUCCUUCUCACUUCACCGGAGCUGGCAAAACUUCCUUCAUUAGCAAAUCUCCCUGUUACUCCAGUCUUCCCAGCAUCGCUUGAGUACUCGACGGAGGAGAAAGAGACCACGCCGCCACCUGGCCACAGUGUGUCUCUACCCGACUCCUUGGCGUACGUCGUCUUCACGUCUGGCAGCACGGGUGUGCCAAAGGGAGUAAUGGUGUCUCAUUCUGCUACAGCCUCCAGCACUUUGGCCCACGGCUCCGCCAUGGGAAUCACUUCCGAGAGUCGAGUCUUGCAGUUCGCCUCUUACACUUUCGACGCCUCUGUGCUCGAGGUACUCGGCACACUGCUGGCCGGGGCCUGCGUCUGCAUUCCAUCGUCGGAGGAAGCUUCCGAAGACCUGAACGCUGCAGUUCGGAAGUAUGGUGUCAACUUUGCUGCUCUCUCACCUCGAGUUGCUUCUCUCCUUCGUCCCAAGGAGGUCCCGGCCAUCAAGGCUAUUGCAUUGGGUGCUGAGGUUGUGACAAGCUCAGAUAUCCAGCGAUGGGAGGGCCGCCGUGUCAGCAACGGCUACGGCCCGACCGAGUGCACCGUUGUAUGCGUCUUGGAGUCCAGCAACCACAAGCCUGGACGUAUCGGAAGAGGUGUUGGCUGUAUCUGCUGGAUUGUGGACCCCGAAGAUCCGAACAAGCUGGCACCAGUUGGUGCGCCUGGAGAGCUUCUCAUCGAAGGACCAUGCCUGGCUCGCGGAUAUCUUCACCAAGAAGAGAAGACCCGCGCCGCCUUCGUACAGGACCUUGCCUGGACUCAAGCUCUCCCUAGUCCUGGCAGCAGGCCCAGACGCUUCUACAAGACUGGCGACAUUGUGAGAUACGACUCAGACGGUGGCAUCUUGUUCAUCGGCCGAAAGGACAACCAGGCCAAGCUCAGGGGCCAGCGCAUUGAGCUCAGCGAAGUUGAACAUCAUAUGCGUCGCGCUCUGCCUGAAUGCCACGUCGUUGCCGACAUCGUCAGUUUCCCCCAGCAGAAGAACGACUCUAUGGCCUUGAUCGCCUUUGUCGUGCCUUCGAGCAGCAGAGCAUCGGGCAACUCCCUUGGGUCCAUGCUCCCGCUCGACAGCGAAGCUGUCAAGGCUUUCGCGCAGUCUUGGUCGAAGGCAACAGUGGAGGUGUCUCAUGCAGUGCCGCUUUACAUGGUUCCCACGCUCUACAUCCCUCUCGACUCAAUCCCGCUCACCUCGUCGAGCAAGGUCGAUCGCCGCAGGCUACAAGCCAUUGUUGCAGAUGUUACUGUCGAGCAAUUGGAACUUCUUCGUGGUGUUCAAGGUGUCAAAGAAGCUCCUCGCUCUGCUCUGGAGAGGAGCAUGGUGUCUGCCUGGGCACAAGUCCUUGGACUUGAUACCAGCAAGAUUGGCAUCCGGGACAGUUUCUUCCGUCUUGGAGGUGAUUCCAUCACAGCCAUGCGCCUGGUGCCAAUCCUGGCUGAGGGUGGUCUCACGCUCCGUGUCUCUGAUGUCUUCAAGUACCCCGUGUUGGCCAGUCUGUGUCGCCAUCUCCAAGGAGAGGAAGAUCGCACAGACGGGUCGUCCUCAACAGAUGAGUGGUCGGAUCUUGGCGGUAGUCAAGAUCUCACCCCAGACGCUGAGCAUACCGAUGAUGAGGCCCUUCAAGUUGCCGCCGCUGACAACAUCGCCAUUGGUACCGAAGUGUCUUCCAUGGCACAGGCUUCUUCAAGCAGCCCAGCCGAGUACCACAUCACACCUGCAUCAGACUUCCAGGCUCUUGCAUUCGAGUUCUCUCAGCUCCGAAACCGCGGCUUCGUCAACUACUUUGUCCUCCGCUUCCUCGAUCGCUUCAGUCAUGAACGCAUCCGCAACGCUUGCACACAACUGGUCCAGCAUCACUCGAUCCUUCGCACCAAGCUCAAGCUCGCCAACGGCCGACUCUGGCAGCUUGCUGCUUCCAAAUCCUCCUUCCAGGCCGCUUUCGAGUUCUUCCGUGUCACGUCGGAUGACGUUGUCUCCUUUACGACGCGCUUGAUCGAAACUGACGAGGCCCGUCGCUUGGGUUCCGAUGAGAUUCCUACCAAGUUCUUCAUCGUCGAGUCCGCCUCGCAAACCCAACUUGUCAUGAGACUUGCUCACACGCACUACGACGGCUUGUCCUUCCCACUUCUCCUUCAGACGCUUUCUCAGGCCUUGAAGCGUAGUGAGCUAGCUCCCGAAGUCUCAUUCGCCAAGUUCUCUUCCAGUAUUCAGGCUCUUCCUUCUCGGCACUCCAUGUCAUACUGGCGACGCCUCCUUGAUAACUCACAAAUGACUCCAGUCAUCACCCCUGCUGCCAUCACUGCCAAUGACGGAAUUGAGGGCCACAUUACUCGGCUUGUGACCUUGCCAAAUCUUUCUCAAGCCAGCGUAACCUUCGCCAGUGUUCUCAAGGCCGCCUGGGCCAUCGUCCUUGCCCAACACUCGGGUCUUUCUGACGUUGUCUUUGGUUGCCUUGUGUCCGGUCGCUUCGCUCCGGUUCCUGGCAUCGAGUCUGUGGUGGGACCUUGCGUCAAUUUGUCUCCUGUCCGCGUCAACAACAUCUUGAAGGAUACCAGCACGCGCGCCUUUCUACAAGCCGUUCACGCUCAGCAUACCAAGAGCAUGGAGCACGAGCACGUUGGAUUCCGUCGCAUCAUCACGGGAGCCACGUCUUGGCCAGCCCGGACGUCCUUCGCGGGCGCGUCCAUCGUCCAGCACCAGAACAUCCCACUGGCCGCCGAGCUGAACGAGACGACGCCUGACUUGCCUUUUGAGUUGAGCGCAAAGGGAGGUACCUCGAAUGCUGCUGCGAUCUGGAUCAUCACUACUUCCCGCCCCUCGGAAGGCCUUUUGAGUAUUGAGCUUACCCACGCCCUCAAUACGAUCAACCACAACACCGCCGAGACUCUCCUGCAGGCACUCUGUGUCGCCAUUGAGCACUUCGGCCACCACUGGGACUCGGAAGCACCACUGCCCGACACUCGAAGCCAGAAGACCAGAGCGAACAACGCGCCGCUCUUGCCGGGCGGCCCAUCUGGGAAUGAGGACGAGUCUGUCGCGUCUUCCGACAUGCAGAAUCCUGACGAGCAUGCACGCGCCGUUGUCAAUCAGGCGUGGAGCUUGCUGCACAAGGCACAUUGCCGAGACACAUCGUCAGAAGAAACUCCUACCUCCAUGUUCGAGGUAUGGAAUGACAACCUCGUCGCUGUGGCUUUGAAGGGCAUAUAUGAGAGCCUGGACGUGUUCCUCGAUCUCGAGCAACUUCUUCAGCACCCGACGAUGGAAUCGCAGGCAGGCUUGCUGACUUCUCUGGGCUUUUGA